AUGGCGCCGAAAAUGACCAAAAACCAAAUGCGGCGCGCAAAGAAGAAGGAGCAGAAGAAGGCAGCACAGGUGACCCCAACACCAGAAGCAGAUGUUCCAAAAGAAUCAGAACCAAAAGUCGAGGCAGCUGAGCCUGCCGAAACCACCGAGAAACCGAUCAAGAACGACGAAGAGCAAGCCAAAAACGAUGAAGAUCCUUUGGAAGCAGAUAUUGCAGCCUUUAACAUUUCUGAAGAUGAUCCAAAUUUCGCCAUGUUCAAGGAUAUUAUGGAAAGAUUUGGUGCUACUGCUGAAGAAGAUCAGGCUGCGAAAGAUGCAGACAAUGGUGACAAGGGCGAAGUAUUCUUCGAUGGUGAUGACGAAAUUCCAGACGAGGACGAAGAAGCAGAUAAGGAGCCCAAAUUAUCUAAAAAGAAGAGGAAGGAGAGAGACAAGCUUUCUGUUGCAGAACUGAAAGCUCUCGUAAGGAAGCCAGAGCUUGUAGAUUGGACAGAUACCUCAGCUUCGGAUCCUCGAUUACUUGUCCACAUCAAAUCAUAUCGAAAUGUCGUUCCAGUGCCGAAUCAUUGGUCCCUUAAGCGCGAGUAUUUAUCAUCGAAACGUGGUGUUGAGAAGGCUCCAUUUUCUCUUCCUAAGUUUAUUCAGGAGACUGGUAUCGCCGAAAUGCGUGACGCUGUGUUGGAAAAACAGGAUGGAGCUAGUUUAAAACAGAAGCAAAGGGAAAGAGUGCAGCCAAAGAUGGGAAAAUUGGAUAUUGAUUAUCAAAAGUUGUAUGAAGCUUUCUUCCGGUUUCAAACAAAGCCGGAACUAACACGUUAUGGCGAGGUUUACUACGAGGGAAAGGAGUACGAGACGAAUCUACGACAUUUGCGGCCUGGCGAGUUGAGCGACGACCUCAAAGACGCAUUAAAUAUUCCACCUGGAGCUCCGCCUCCAUGGUUAAUCAACCAACAACGGUUUGGCCCACCGCCUUCAUAUCCUUCACUUAAGAUUCCCGGGCUAAAUGCACCACCUCCACCGGGUGGCGCAUGGGGAUUUCAUCCUGGAGGUUAUGGAAAACCCCCCGUUGAUGAGUUCAAUCGACCCCUCUAUGGAGGAGAUAUCUUUGGUGUCCUUCAACCACAAGUUAACAACCAAGCAGGUGAACCUAUUGAGAGAACACUGUGGGGUGAGUUACAAGCACCUGAGGAGGAGUCUGAAGAAGAAGAGGAAAGCGAUGAGGAAGAAGAGGAAGGUGAUGAGGAGGACGUUGGUGGUUUGCAAACGCCUAGUGGUACCGAAACACCAGGUGGUAUGGCGUCAACUGUACCAUCAGAAUACCCUGGUGAGAUGAGUGUUGGCGGAGACUUUGAUCUUCGUAAACAAAAGAGGGGAACCGAGACUGAAGAGUCCACACACCCAAGAUCUGCUUAUACUGUCAUUCCUGAACGCCAGAUCCGCGCUGAAGGCUUCUUUGGCGGUGAAAGAGCUUAUGAUGUACGUGCUGGUCAAAAUGCGCAUUUACCAGUAUUAGGACAAGAAGAUACCAGAAAGAGGAAGAAGCCAGGAGAUGUAGAUGUUGCGUUGGAUCCAGAUUCUUUGCAGAAUGAGGAUGGUAUAAGCAAGGAAGAAGUAAAACGAAGGUUUGAGGCUCAAAAGAAAGAGGAACGAGGAGCUUGGCAAUAUGAUGAAGAUUUAAGUGAUAUGAUUGCUCAAGAGAGCAGGAAGAAGCAAAAGAGAGAUGAAGAAAAACGAGGCGAGAAGAGAGAAAGGUCCUACAGAUUUUAA